AUGCCAUCGCCAAGAACCAACAAGCCUGCUACUCAGCUCCGGCAGAUUCUGGCACUACUCUCGGUCGCCGUGGAGAAUCUGGCGUCCGAAUGGGAAUCAUCUCCGAGUCAGGACACUAGCAGCACCAUGUCACAUGCCGAGUGUGAUGCCGUCAAAACCAUUAUUGCCUCACUGGGCUCGCUGGAGAGCCUUGUUCUAGACCCUCACACUCGCCUGCUGAAUUUGUCCAUGUCUUACCUUGUCUCACGAGCGUUGCAUAUAGCUGCCGAGCAUGAGAUUGCGGAACUGCUUUCCCAGGACACGAACGACGGGGUCAGCGCUGCCCAUCUCGCCAGGGUAACUGGCAUAGAAGAGGGAAAGUUAUGCCGAGUCAUGCGAACGUUGACUUCACACCAUAUUUUCCAAGAGAUCAAGGAAGGGUGGUUUGCCAACAAUCACAUCUCUCAAGCUCUUGUCAGUGAUGCCGCGUUUCAAGCCAAUAUUAUUAUGAAGGGCCAGUUGCAGUAUCGCGUCAGUGACUUUCUCCCUCAAGCAUUGGCGAAUCCUGCAAUUCGAGAUAGCUACGACCCAAGGAAGACCGCCUUUCAACAGGCCGUGGGGACGAAACUGUCCUUGUUUGACUGGAUGAACGAGAUGGUGCCUAAAUUCGACGCGAACAGGUGGCCCUGGAGUCUGCGUAGGCACACUUGCGAGGAGGACGGUGCACCGCUUUCACCCCGUGAUUCAGGCCAGAAGAUGGUGCCUCGGCCCGAGAAGCAACUCUUUAACCUUGCAAUUAGUGGUCAAGGCAGGAGCACCGAACAGUAUUGCGUUCUUGACUUCCCUUGGAAGGAUCUUGAGGACGGCGCAACUGUCGUGGACGUUGGCGGCGGGAUUGGUUCAUUUUGCAUGCAACUCCACGCCCACCAUCCUAGUCUGAGGCUCGUCAUUCAAGACAGGGAGCAUGUGAUUCAACAAGCAAUUGCAGUAUGGGAGACGAAACACCUUUCCGCCAUUGCCGAGAGUAAAGUUAAACUAGCUGCGCAUGACUUCUUCAAGAAAAACCCGGUCGUCGGUGCUGAAAUAUACUGGCUACGAUACAUCAUCCACGAUUGGGCCGAUAAUGAAGCAAUCGCCAUCUUGUCACGGGUUGCAGAGUCGAUGAAUUCCAACUCUCGCGUGCUGAUCGCCGAAAUAUUGAUGUACACCACGAUACCCUCGCCCAAGCUCAAGUCAGCCCCUAAGCCAUUGCUGGCGAAUUAUGGCCAGGCAAUGAGUCCUGCCCAUAUGAUGGACUUGAACAUGAUGAUGAUGACAAACGGAAGAGAAAGGACACCGGCUGAGUUUGAGCGUAUUGUGCAAGAAGCUGGCUUAGUGUUGGACAAAAUCUGGGAGUGCCGAGGGCCAUUGAGCAUCAUUGAAUGUCGGUUAGCAUGA